GUUUUAUUUGUGUAAACAAAAUAAAUUGUAUAAAUUGGUCAUUGUUAAACAUUUUUUAUACUUAUGUAAUGUGAUAUCUUCCAGGUACUGUCAGCACUCUGUCUGGAAUGUAUAUGUCCCAGGACAUUUUUUAAUCAUCAAAAGAACUUUCUCCAGCCAACAAUUUUAUGGCACUGGAGGACUGAACAAAACACAAUGCUGGAGAUGGCAAGGCAUUCUGGAAAGGCCGUUGUCUUGGGUGGUGACAUGAGAGCUGAUUCCCCAGGACACUGUGCCAAGUAUGGAAGCUACACGAUGAUGAACCUGGAAGACAACAAGAUGGUGGACAUUCAAUUAAUCCAGAGUAAUGAAGUGGGUGCAAGUCCACGCAUGGAAAGCAAAGGUUUUUUGAGAAGCCUCCAGUUCCUGGAAUCAGCAGGGUUAAGGGUUGGUGCAAUCGUCACAGAUCGGCAUCCUUCGAUACAAAAGUAUCUGAGGGAGCAACGACCUGAGAUCCAGCAUUAUUUCGAUACUUGGCAUGUCUCUAAGGGUGAAGAAGCCGUGGAAAAGUGGAAGUCUGUAACCAACCACGUGCAAAAUGUGCACCAUCAUAACAGCGACUUAUUCCCAGUCUGCGCCCACCCACCUCUUGAGAUGCGAGCUUGGCUGACACCAAACUACGUGGAGAGUCUGCUAAGACUGUUUUUUGAGGAGGUGGUCAUCAAUCCUGGCCCAUACCAAGAGCAGAUUAAUGAACUGAAGGUUCCAGACCACUUAUGUGCUGCCUUUGACAAGCCCGACCUACAGGAAUCUGAAGUCAGACCCUGGUCCCGUUUUACACAGAUGGAGUAGGAGCAGGUUUAGAUUGUGUGUGUGUGUGUGUGUGUGUGUGUGUGUGUGUGUGUGUGUGUGUGUGUGUGUGUGUGGAGAGAGAGUGUGUGUGUGUGUAUGUUUGUAAUUUUUAGUGUUAAAAUUAAUCUUCAAAAUGUAA